AUGUUGUCACGGUUUCAUCCUUACCAUGGCUCAAAUAUUAUUUUAUUUGAGGACAAUACAGUAGCAUACCGAAAAACCAGUUUUGCUCACGGUUUGACAUUUAGUGAAAAGCCUUUAUUACCAGGGGAAAUAUUUUUAGUAGAGAUAGAAAAAACGGAACGUGGUUGGAGUGGUCAUAUGCGACUUGGUCUUACUUUGCUCGAUCCACAAACUGCUGCUUUAGGUGAUAAAGGUCUGCCACAGUAUGCAUUACCUGAUCUCGCUAACACUGGUAUGUCGUGGAUAUUUCCUAUAACAAAGUGUCAAAAUAAUGUUUUAAACACAUAUGAACUUGUAAAUCAAGGGCCAAGUCGUCGCGACAGCGAACCGCGAGUGUCAGUUUUAGGGAAUGGGCACAAUGUAAGGACUCCUAGAGGUAUUGUUUCUAAAAUGAAUCUUAAGCCUCAGAAAGGUACCGCACAAGGUAUUCUACCUAUGGAUGCCGGUAGUCGUAUAGGAGUAAUGUUUGUUCCUUGCCCUAAGAGCAGUAAAGAUGAACCAGAUUUAGCUGAAAUGCAUUUUAUAAUAAAUGGAGAGGAACAAGGACCUUGUACUAAGGCUAUUCCUUAUACCACUGGUUUCCUACAUGCAGUGGUUGACGUAUAUGGAACAACCAAACAAGUCAAAAUUAUUCAGCUGUAUGAAGUGAAAUCUCUACAAAAUAUAUGUCGAGAUGCAAUACUCCAGUUUGUAAAGAAUAAUUCUGUGAAAUCUUUACCCCUGCCUCAGUGUUUAAAAGACUUUUUAAUGUCA